AUGUCAGAGCCCAACAGCCCGGGUGAGAGCCGGUGUGGCGCUCCCAGAUUCUUCGUGGGCUGCGAGGACGAUGAGAGCGAGGUCCUGGAAGAUAGCAUAAGGACAGAUAUGGAGCUGUAUGAGGACGGUGAAGACACAGACUCGCCCCCAGAGAGACAGAUUGUCGUGGGGAUCUGUUGCAUGAUGAAGAAGUCAAAGUCCAAGCCGAUGACCCAGAUCUUGGAGAGGCUUUGCAGGUUCGAGUACAUCACUGUGGUCAUCUUCCCAGAGGAUGUCAUCCUCAACGAGCCCGUGGACAAAUGGCCUCUUUGUGACUGCCUCAUCUCCUUCCACUCCAAGGGAUUUCCGCUGGAUAAGGCCGUGAGCUAUGCCAAACUAAGAAAUCCUCUGCUCAUCAAUGACCUGAAUAUGCAGUAUUACAUACAGGACAGGAGAGAGGUGUAUCGCAUCCUGCAGGAGGAAGGGAUUGAUCUACCACGCUAUGCUGUGCUGAACCGUGACCCCGAUAAACCAGAUGAGUGCAACCUCGUAGAAGGAGAGGAUCAUGUGGAGGUGAACGGAGAAAUCUUCCAGAAGCCUUUUGUUGAGAAGCCCGUGUGUGCCGAGGACCACAACGUCUACAUCUAUUACCCCACAUCGGCUGGUGGUGGAAGCCAGCGACUCUUCAGAAAGAUUGGGAGCCGGAGCAGCGUCUACUCGCCAGAGAGCAGCGUGAGGAAGACGGGCUCUUACAUCUAUGAAGAGUUCAUGCCAACAGAUGGCACAGAUGUUAAGGUGUACACGGUGGGACCGGACUACGCUCAUGCCGAGGCCCGAAAGUCUCCUGCUUUGGACGGGAAGGUGGAGAGAGACAGCGAGGGCAAGGAGGUUCGUUACCCCGUCAUGCUGUCAGCCAUGGAAAAACUGGUGGCUCGUAAGGUCUGCCUGGCAUUCAAGCAAACAGUGUGCGGCUUCGACCUUCUGCGGGCCAAUGGACACUCCUACGUGUGCGAUGUCAACGGUUUCAGUUUUGUGAAGAACUCGAUGAAGUACUACGAUGACUGCGCCAAGAUCCUCGGGAAUAUUGUGAUGCGUGAACUGGCUCCGCAGUUUCAGAUUCCUUGGUCUAUCCCUACUGAGGCUGAAGACAUCCCCAUUGUUCCCACCACUUCAGGGACCAUGAUGGAACUUCGCUGUGUCAUCGCCGUUAUCCGACACGGAGACAGAACGCCCAAACAGAAAAUGAAGAUGGAAGUUCGCAACCCAAUGUUCUUUGAUCUGUUUGAGAAAUAUGGAGGAUACAAAACUGGGAAAUUAAAGCUCAAAAAACCAAAACAACUGCAGGAGGUGCUGGACAUCACCCGGCAGCUGUUAGCAGAGAUCGGGCAGCAGAACGACUGUGAGAUAGAAGAGAAGAAGUCCAAACUGGAGCAGCUGAAGACGGUUCUGGAGAUGUACGGUCACUUCUCGGGGAUCAACAGAAAAGUGCAGCUUACUUACCUGCCCCAUGGGCAGCCCAAGACCUCGAGUGAAGAGGAAGACACUCGUAAGGAAGGGCCAUCGCUGCUGCUGGUGCUGAAGUGGGGGGGGGAGCUGACCCCCGCUGGCAGAGUGCAGGCUGAAGAACUGGGGAGAGCCUUCCGCUGUAUGUACCCUGGAGGACAAGGAGACUAUGCUGGAUUUCCAGGCUGCGGGUUACUGCGCCUACACAGCACCUACAGACACGACCUGAAGAUAUAUGCGUCUGAUGAAGGCAGGGUGCAGAUGACAGCUGCUGCUUUUGCAAAGGGUUUGCUGGCCCUGGAGGGCGAGCUGACUCCCAUCCUGGUUCAGAUGGUGAAGAGUGCCAACAUGAACGGGUUGCUGGACAACGACAGCGACUCGCUGAGCAGCUGCCAGCACCGUGUCAAAGCUCGGCUCCAUGAAAUCCUGCAGAAGGACAGAGACUUCACCGACGAGGACUACGACAGGCUAGCACCAACCUGUAGCGCCUCUUUGGUGAAUUCAAUGAAGAUCGUUAAGAACCCAGUGGCCACAUGUGACCAGGUUUACGCCCUCAUUCAGAGCCUCACCUCCCAGAUCCGCAAAAGGAUGGAAGACCCCAAGUCUGCAGACCUGCAGCUGUACCACAGCGAGACGCUGGAGCUGAUGUUGCAGCGCUGGUCCAAGCUAGAGAGAGACUUCCGCAUGAAGAACGGCCGCUACGACAUCAGUAAAAUCCCCGACAUUUACGACUGCGUCAAGUACGACGUCAUCCACAACGCCACCCUCGGCCUCGAGGACACCCUGGAACUGUUCAGACUGUCUCGAGCUCUGGCUGACAUAGUCAUCCCACAGGAAUAUGGCAUAAACAGAGUGGAGAAACUGGACAUAGCAUACGCCUACUGCCUCCCACUGGUCAGAAAGAUCCAGCUGGACCUGCAGAGGACUCACGAGGACGAGUCUGUCAACAAGCUGCACCCUCUGUACUCUCGAGGAGUGAUGUCUCCUGGACGCCACGUCAGGACCCGUCUGUAUUUCACCAGUGAGAGCCACGUCCACUCCCUGCUCAGCAUUUUCCGCUACGGGGGCUUGCUUGAUGAGGAGAAGGACCAGCAGUGGAAGCGUGCCAUGGAUUACCUCAGUGCUGUCUCCGAGCUCAACUACAUGACUCAGAUUGUCAUCAUGCUGUACGAGGACAACAAUAAGGACAUCUCCUCUGAGGAGCGCUUCCAUGUGGAGCUUCACUUCAGCCCCGGGGUGAAAGGUGUUGAAGAGGAGGAGAACGCUCCCACCGGCUUUGGCUUCAGGCCCGCCUCUGCAGAGGUAGCACGGCAGAACGGGCAAAAACAACCCGACCCCAGCAGCCUGGAGGACCUGUCGCGGGAUGAAACCGACCGGGCUGUGCCGCUGUCUGAGCCAAUCACCAUUCAGAGGAAGUCCCCACUUAUUCGCAACCAUAAGACCGGAUCCAUGGAGGUCCUGUCGGAAACAUCCUCCUCCAAAGUCGGCAGUUACCGCCUCUUCUCGUUCUGCUCUCGUCAGUCCCCGGAGAUGAAACAAAGCGGAUUAGGCUCUCAGUGCGCUGGGCUCUUCAGCACCACUGUCCUGGGUGGGUCCUCUAGCGCCCCCAACCUGCAGGACUACGCACGCGCGCACCGCAAAAAAUUCUCCACCAGCAGUCUGUCCUACAAAGACGAGUUGUUGUCUAUGCCGGCAGUAAAACGAUUUUCUGUGUCGUUUGCAAAGCAUCCGACUAAUGGAACACAAGAUGACACCUCCACCGUUGCAGUGGCCCCAUCACGCUGGUGCACUGCGGCAGAGCCCCUGGAGGAGCACCACGUGGCCCAGUUGUUGAGGCGUUUCUCCACCGACCUCAGCCUGGGCCGCCACCUCUCUCUGGACCGGGCACUGGCCCACCACCUCCACCAGUGCUCCUACCACCUCCGCCUCUUCCGAAACUGGCUCAUCUCCGGCCACGAUCCCCUAGAGUACCUCCACGGCUUUGAAGGAUGCUCCAUGGUGCCCUCCAUCUAUCCUCUGGAGACGCUGCACAACUCACUGUCUCUGAAACAGGUUAGCGAGUUCCUCACGAGCGUGUGCCAGAACGCAGGGGAUCCACACACUAGGACCACCAGAGCUCUGUCAGCCAUGUUUGGCGCACACAGCCAGCCGUCAGUAGACUCGUACAUCCCUCAAAGGGUCCUCUCUUCCUCCAUCUCGCUCAGAUCUCGUUCUGACAGGCCUCCUUGGUACAGCAGCGGUCCAUCCAGUACCGUAUCCAGCGCUGGGCCCUCCUCUCCCACCACGGCUGACACCUCCCCGAGGUUCAGCUUCAGCGAUAAGAUCUCCCUCACUCCUCAGAGCAGCGAGGAAACCCACUCAUCUCAAAACCUUUCUGCUCAGCUGGCACCUGCGGUUGCGUCACCAGCCCACGAAUCAACCGACUCUGCUGUUCCAAACCUCGCCGAAGUCCCUUUGACUCCAAAUAACUCGCCAGAAGAUGAUCUGGAGCCGUGUGCAGUCACCGACCAGAAGCCCGACAACCCUGCGCCACCGCUGGAAGUGGAAGAGGGGCCUUCGUUAGCUGCCGAUCCCUCAGAUCCCAGCCUCAGGCCUCCGUGCUCGGCUUUAGCUGAACUCUCUCUGGGUCGGAUGGAGGGUUACUGCCUCCCAGGCUCCCUGCCUGUGCUGCUGGAGCUCAGAGAGAGCAGCAGCGAGGCAGGCUCCAGCUCCCAGACACCCCAGUCCCCAGAGGGGCCUGACGAAUUCUUUGACACCCAUGAGUCCAUGGAGUUGUGGACGGACAGUCCAGAAAGCCUCCCGCAUCAAGAGACGCCCCUGGAGGCUGGAUGCACUAACACGGGCGAGCCGUAGAGGUUCCAGCAUUCAUCAUUAAUAUGAACAGCGUAGUAUUGAACUGAGCUACAACUAUCCAGGCCUUCCCUUUUCUCUCUUGUGACUCUGAUGAGUGAUCUCGGGCAGCUCUGUGUUGGAGAAUCAGAUGACAGUGCCGUACAUGCUGUUCAUCGCCUGCUCGGUCCUCUGGUUCAGUCCAUCCACGGGUGAAGAUGGGACAGCUUGGGAGAAGGUCAAGCUAAAUAGAAAAGCUUUUUGUUACUGUCACUUGUUCGCUGUUAUAAAUGCCUUUCUUUGAAUGAUUGUAGACACGGGGUCUUAAAUGUGCUAUUAGGCUAAAAGCUUGAGCUAAAUGAGGCUGAAAAGCUGCAGAAAAUUGUCCAAGAUGAUUUUCUUUUUUUCUUGAUUUAUUGUGACCAUAAAGUUACUGAUUAACGGAGCUUUAAAUUGUGUUACGUGUGCUGGAUGUAUAUCUACUUUCACAGUACCAGCUUUCAGGGCAUGUUGGUGUGGCUAAUGAUCGCUAGCGAGCAGCGAGCUUUCUGUUUGUUCCUCAGUACAGGAACUAAAAGAUCAAACGCAGACUCUGAAAAAUACAAUCAGCAAAUCUUCUGCUUUUCGUCAAUCUGCAGCGUCCCUCUGGUGCCGGGCGUCCGUGGCACUGCAUGUUUGAUUUUUAAAGAGGCUGAAGCUGAGUGGAAGUCUCCGGGUCAAACCGUGUGUGCACUGCUUACUGCCAAAGUCCUCAAGCCUCAUUACAAAGUUAAUAUAAUCAGUAGGAAAUGAUAGAGGAAAUAUUUAUUUUGAAACGGCAUCUAAAAACAAAAGUCUGUAUUUUUAAUACCCACACAUCGGAUAUGGAAUUGUACCACAGCUACUGUGUAUAUUUGUGUUUUUGUAAAGUCACGACGUGAUGCAGGAAGGAUCCGAAAGCUAAUCUUUUAUGUCAUCACUGAACAAACGGGAGGGGCAUUUUACAUUCGGUGUGCUUUUUAAUGUGGCGACCAGUUAUGUAGCAGCCGUGUGCGUGGAGCCGGGCGCACGCGCUUGAUUCAGGUAGUCGAGGAUGCUGACGUGCAAUUGCGUGUUCAAUCAGUCCGGUUUCGUGUUACAUCACAAAGUACUGCAGGUGAAAUCCACGACUCUGAGUUUGGGAAACUCUGACCUGUCUGUGUGUGCAGAAUAAAAACGUGACACCAGUGUGGCCCUGCUGUCUUCUUGAGCUCAUGUUUUUUGUGCACGAUGGGUUCAUAUAUGUCCUUCUGACUUACUUAUAGCGUGCAGGUUCUAUCCCUCAGAUAUAAGGAUGUCAUCUUUGGUUUCUGCAGCUUCCAUUUCACUCCACACGGUCGCAUUGAAGCUGAAGUUGCAUGUAGCCAAACUGUUGGGAGCAAAAGAGAAUUAAAUCUCCAAACUAACGACCACUCAGGAACGAGCUGUCCCAGCCUGGCACUGGGGCCAGUGCCCCCAGAAGUUUAAUCUCCAUGGUCGCUGAUGGGUUCCCAGAGCAAUAAACUACUGAAGCAACAUGAAGCUGUCGGCGUGUUGCUGAAAGAAUGUGGUUGUGUGGAUCAUUGAUGCAAACAGGGAACGAAGGCCGAAUGCUCCGAUCCAACAGAGGAGCUGCUGCAGCUCAAACUCCAAAAGAAGUCUGAUGCUGGUUCUGGUAAAAAGGUGUAAUAGUGUUAGUGUUAGUAAAUGCCUGUUAAUUUAAAUUGACUUGAGACAGCUGGGGUGGCUCCAGCCCCCCAGCGACCGUAAAUUGAAAGCAUCUUCUUACGUAUCCAAUCUACUGCCAAGCCGUUAUUCAAGGUGUUCAAGUUGAUGUCAGGACUUGCAGGUUGAUCCACUCUAAACACAAUUUUGUUUUCUUUAUGAUGCUGGCUCUGUUCAUCAUCAUCAUCAUCAUUUAUUUAUAUAGCACUUUAAAAACACACCUGGUAGACCAAAGUGCUGUACAAUACAAAUAUGCAUAUAGUAAUAAGAUAGCAGAAACCAGACAUAGCAAUAAAAUUAAUUUAAAAAAAAAAUGUCAGUUACCCACAGAGUUAAAAGCCAGGGAAUAAAAAUAGGUUUUUAAUAAAGACUUAAAAACUGGCACUGAUGUAACCUGUCUAAUAUGGAGAGGAAGGUUAUUCCAAAGCAUCGGCGCUGCAACAGAGAACGCUCGGUCUCCUCUAAGUUUCAGCUGUGACUUUGGGACUGAAAGCAACAGCAGCUCAGCUGACCGAAGUGUGCAUAAAAAAUCAAACCAUUUCAUUUUGGGGGUGCUUCAGCACCCCCAAAAUGAAUCAAAGCACCCCCAAAGAUUUCUUACUUUUCUGACAAUAUUUGCUGUUUGUGUGACACACUACUAAAAAUAUAAAAAGCAUACAGUACUUGGUUAAGAUGUAACAUUUUAACAACAAAGUAUAGAUGCCCCCCCCCUCCCAAAAUGGUUUGUUCCAGCUCGCCUCUCCCCUGCUCUGGCUCUAGCGCCCUGCUGCCAGAGCGAUGGUGUCAGACGCAGCGGAGCGGAGGUGGAGUGCCUGGCUUAAAACAGGACAUGUUAGCUGCAUUUAACCUUCAGUUACUCUUAUAUCGUUAGGUAGAAGUCAGACCAUGUUUCUUUUUAGCUGAAAAACAUUACACCAGGUAACCUGCAGUGUUGAAAACGUGUUUUCCAACGAUGUUUGCUACCCUACAAUCCUACUCUGUAGUAAAAUCAGCGACAUUUGACCGUCCUGUUGCUCCCAUUGAAAGUUGUACAGCCUAUUUAAAAUCUAAAACUUAAAAUUGUCUGUAGCCUGCUGUUGUUACCACUGUCCUGUUUGAAAUGGAAUGAGAGGAGCAAAUGAUCCAUUAAUAAAGGAUAAUGUUGGAUCAGUG